UGAGUAAAUAACGGACGCUCUUUCCUAGAAGGGAGUUAUUUACACAAUAAUGGCGACUGUUACCUUUUUUUCUGUCCGAACUUGCCGUGAUGAAGCAGACUUUUUUUUAUUAUUCUAGAGGACAUUACCUGGACAUUAUUAUCCUGAUGGACAUCUCCAGUCAGGGUGAUGGCGUAAUGGUGUCUUUGACCAGUAUCGCCCCCCUAUGGCCUUAGUGUUUAUUUUAAUGUUAGAAGAAAUACGUUUAUUGUGGACUGACUGGCUGUAAGCGGCGAUGUAAAACUUAUGUUAGACACACCGUCCGGUGCUCAUAUUUAAAGUCAACCCAAAUUCCUGACUUCUUCGGGCAAUUUUUUUUAAAUCGAAGUGGAAGGGAAGAAAGGAUGAGCUGGAGUUUCCUUCCUGUUUAAUGUUGAAAAUUAUGUUAAGACACUUAGCUGUUUGCAGUUAUGACUGAUCUGCAGGAAUACAUAAAACGACUAUGGAGCAGACAAGAUGGCUGCUUCCCCAGACAGCUGCAUCCAGUUUACUCGCCAUGCUGGUGAUGUACUUUUGAAUCUGAAUCGACUCAGAAUCAGAAACAUUUUAACAGAUGUUGUCAUUUUUGUGAAUCGACAACAGUUUAGAGCACACAAAACUGUCCUUAUGGCUUGCAGUGGCCUGUUUUAUGGUAUCUUCACUGAUCCAAUGAAGUGUAAUCUCAGUGCAAUCAGUCUGGAUCCAGAAGUUGAUGCUGAUGGAUUUGCUCUUUUGUUGGAGUUUAUGUACACAUCACGCCUGAACCUGAGGGAGAAUUGUAUUGUUCCUAUUAUGAAUGCUGCAGUCUACUUGCAAAUGGAUCACAUUGUAGAUACUUGCCAUAAAUUUUUGAAGUCUAGUGAAGAUAUGAGUCCUCCCAUCCCACUAAGCAGAGAUGAGUACCUACAAAGCAGAAUUAUGUUGCCACCAGACAUUAUGGCUUACAGAAAACCAGAUGUUCUAGACAGCAAUGUUCCCUUUCAGAGUCCUCCUGUUUGUGAUGGAAGAGGCUUUGCCCCUGGCAUGUAUAACGGCUUGCCUGCACCAACUAGUACUUAUCCAGUGUAUGGUCACAUGCCUAGCCACUGUUAUGGUUUCAAAAAUGAUGAGCUAAGAGACAAUCGUUUACCUAUUCCUGAGAUUCAGAGAUCAGGCAGGUAUCCAAAAAGCUGUGUUCUUCCACAAGGAAGCACCAGCAGUAUAGCUACACAGUACACUAGGCCGGUGAGUGAUGUCUCCACUAAUAUCUGCCACACAGCGAUUUUCCCUGCAAGAGAGAUGAGUACGAAUGACACGAGAAGUGACCAACACUACAGCCCCAUUCAAGGAUCCAAGACUGCUGGCCAGCCUGUUAGAAAUAGUCCGUACUAUUCAAGUGAAAAGUCUGGAAAAGAAAGUGAGAGGACGCCCCCUGAUGGUGAGAUGGGGCAACACAUCAGCAAAAACAGACCACCAGUGAACUGUAACGGUCUUGUAAGUCCACAAAGUCCCAUGAAGUCGGAUUGUCAGCCCAACUCUCCAACAGAGUCCAGCAGCAGCAAAAACGCAUCUCUAAGUCAAGAAUCUACAUCUCCUCCAGCCAAGACUCCAACAGAUCCUAAAUCAUGCAACUGGAAAAAAUACAAGUUUAUUGUACUGAACUCCCUGAAUCAGAAAGAAAAAGAAGACCGUGCCAAUCAAAUUGAAACCACAAAUUCUCUGCCUCAGUCACAGACCUCUGUACCAUCAUGCCAACAGCCAAGUGAAAGUAAAACUGCUGAACUUCAGAGUCCAGUCAAGCUUAGCAUGAACAGUGAUGACUCACCUAUUUCUCAGACAAGCAAACUGAACAACAUUGUUAACAGAACACUAGAAUCGUCACCUCAGUAUAAUGGCCACCCUUCUCCAGUUUAUGUACAUCUUACAAGCUGUGAUUCUCAGUCACCCCAGCAUUCAGAGACCUGUCCAGAGACUCCUGGCUCACAUUUUGGAGAUGAAAUGACUGAGACACAUUCUGAAUUCUCAGAUUCUAGUUGUGAAAAUGGAACCUUUUUUUGCAAUGAAUGUGACUCACGGUUUUUGGAGGAGGCAUCCCUGAAAAGGCACGCUCUUCAGGUGCACAGCGACAAACCAUACAAGUGUGACAGAUGCCAGGCUGCAUUUCGCUACAAAGGAAACCUAGCUAGUCAUAAAACAGUUCAUACAGGUGAAAAGCCAUAUCGUUGCAAUAUCUGUGGUGCACAGUUCAACAGACCAGCCAACCUGAAAACGCACACACGAAUACAUUCAGGAGAGAAGCCAUACAAGUGUGAGACCUGUGGUGCACGAUUUGUACAGGUUGCUCACUUGCGUGCCCAUGUGCUGAUUCAUACAGGGGAGAAGCCCUAUCCAUGUGAAAUCUGUGGAACACGGUUCAGGCAUCUGCAGACAUUGAAAAGCCACCUUAGAAUACAUACAGGAGAGAAACCCUAUCAUUGUGACAAAUGCAACUUGCACUUUCGUCACAAGAGUCAGCUACGACUUCACCUUCGACAGAAGCAUGGUGCCAUUACCAAUACCAAGUUACAGUACCGCGUUCCCAGCACAGACAUACCCGCUGCGCAUGUGAAAGCUUGCUAGAAGUGGUUUGUUGUGAACUAUUGUUUUACACGGACAAUGAACUUAUCAGACUUGCUGAAUACUGAACAAUAUGCCACAUUAUUAAAGGGGUUACACUGUUGUAACUGCGAUGUAAAUAGAAUCCUGCAUCCUCUCUGAAAAUAUGUUUUGUUAAUAUGAUAUAGUAAGCUGUGGAUUACAUUCGAUCACAUUCUACUUAUUUGCCUAUUAAUGCUGAUAUGGUACAACUGUAACGCUAUAAUAUGAAAUUUAAUGAACCCCUGAAUGUGGUCUUGUUUUCUUGUUGUUAGCACUUCUGUGUCUAUUACAUCUUGUAAUAGUUUGCCUUUAAUCUGAGUAACGAGUGGAGACAGACAUCGGAAACGGGUUUUAAUGUGGAAAAAAAUGUUCCUUCUGUACAUAGUCACUUUAACAUUUGGAGUGUUCAUAAGCUUUCAAAAAUCAGUUGAGUUGUAAUGAUAAGAAUGCGUAGAAUAUUAAAGGUUUACAGGGAGCAUGUAUUUAGUAUGCAAAUAUACUUUUUGUCUAAAAGUAUAAAUACAGAAAUGUAUGCUGUAGGAAAGGCUUUAAUUUUUUAACCAAAGGUAUAGAAAUUUAUGGCAAAGUUGUAAAUAUAUAAAUAUAUCAAAUAUAUUUAUAUAUAUAUUAUGCAUUAAAAAACAGAUCACUUCUGCAGGCGGCUAGUGAUCUGAUAUUCUUUACUGUAAAAGAGCACAUUUAAAAUUUAUUAAAAGUAUUGCAUCUGCAGGUGUACGAGUAAAAACCUAUUUUGUUUAAAAGCUUCAGUGUCUUUGUAUACAUUUCACAACAUGAAGGUUUACAGUCUUGUGUUAUUCAGAAUUACAAAGGAAGUCUGUUCUUGUUGUUUUGUAUAGAAAUUGUGUACUCUAGGUGCCUUCUUGACAGAGUUUAUUAAGUGACGUAUAAAUUGAUGUUCUCUAAGGUACGUGUUAACUAAAUGCAUAUGAUGCAGCUAACAGAAAUUUUAUUUUGAGAAUGUUCUAGUCUAUUUCGUGCUAUGUCAAGCUUUUAUUUGGGAGACUGGGUUUGGGCUGUGUCUAAACUACAUUUAAAGCUUAUAUUGCAAGCUAAUGCUGUAAAAAUUUUAAAAUAAAAGCCUGAUGUUCAAACUGG